UAUGUCUAGCACAGUCUUGUGCAAUCUUUGCACUGUAACGGUGCUAGCACAAGUGAAACAUUCCCAAGAGUACUACGCGCCAGCCCUCAUCAUCAGUCCAACGCAUAGACUGUAAAAACGUAGCCCAGCUGCACUAGCCCCGGAAGUGUGUCGUACGGGCGGCUCCGCUCCCUAAUCGCCAUACUUUGCCCGGUGGAGUGGAGCAGUAGAAGCACAGACAAACCAACGGUAAAACGGCAAAGACCAACUCAGAAAAUGGCUGAACAGGAGCCCACCUCGGAGCAGCUCGUAGCCAUCGCAGCCGAGAACGAGGAAGAGGACCGGGUCAACUACCGGCCCCCUGCCCAGAAGACCCUGCAGGAGAUCCAGGAGCUGGACAAGCACGAUGAGAGCCUCCGCAAGUACAAGGAGGCCCUGCUCGGGGCCUCGCCUGUCGCUGCUGACCCUGCAGCUCCGAACGUGGUGGUGACACGUUUGACUUUGGUUUGCGAGACAGCCCCGGGCCCCCUGACUCUUGACCUGAAAGGAGACCUUGAGUCUUUCAGAAAGAAUCCUUUUGUGCUGAAGGAGGGAGUGGAGUAUAGGAUAAAGAUCAGCUUCAAGGUGAACAAAGAGAUCGUCUCAGGACUGAAAUACGUUCAGAUGACCUACAGGAAAGGAAUAAGGAUUGACAAGACCGAUUACAUGGUGGGCAGUUAUGGGCCACGGCCAGAUGAGUACGAUUUCUUGACCACACUAGAAGAGGCCCCCAAGGGCAUGCUCGCCCGUGGCACUUACAAUAUCAAGUCCUUUUUCACUGACGACGACAAGCAUGACCACCUCUCCUGGGACUGGGACCUCAACAUCAAGAAAGACUGGACAGAAUGAAAUGCCUUCAGAAAUACCAUCAUUCCCGCAUUUCUUUCUUAAUCACCAUGUAUUCCCUCCUCCUUAUCCCCCUUUUCACUGCUUAACUUCCGGUAGUGUCAAAGGCUCCUUCUCCGCCCGUCCAGCUUUCCUCAGUCUACUGCUCCAUACACACACACACACACACACACACACACCCUCUCCAUCCAGUCACACGUUACACUGUACUGUACCUGUCUUUGACCUGCCCUGUAUUCUUUGUGCUGCUUGAAGGGAUAGCACCGUCUCCAGCCGCCAAAACCCCUACAUUCCUAAUCCCCUCCUCCACGCCGUCUUCCACAGCCCUGAAAUACGCAAGUGGAAAAAAAAACACAAAAAAAACUAACAAAAAAAAGAUGUACAAUCCAUUUUUUUUGCAUAUUUGUUUAGACAUAACUGUUGAAUUAAGGAAAAAAGCAAAAGCAUUGUCACUUAUAAUUUGGCAUGGCUGUUAUUAAUCUCCACAAUUUUGUUAUUCUUCUAUGUUAAUACCCUUCUCCUGUCUUCUCUUAACACAUUCCUUUUCCCUCCCUACAUGUUUUUUUUAAAUUAUUUUUUUUUAAACCAAGAUCUGCCUUGUGAAGUGUUGAGUGAAUGAAUGAUAGCUGCUCUGUAUCAGCUGCUUCCUCCCUUAUAACACAUUCACAUUCCUGUAUUCCUUUGGGGUUGUGGGCCAAACGAGCGUCAAAAUGGAAACCAGCUCCUUCUGCCUUAGCCCGAGUGAUCAAAACAGGGACAGACAUGGAUUAAUGUAGAGAUUAAUGUCGAAGUCCAAGGGGUUGAAGAUCUUUACACAGCUAUUGAGUUCCUUUAGGAUGGGGUAAGAUUGUGCUAGUGUGGAAAUCAGUCAGCGUAACAGCCAAUGUCUGUGAGUUCUGUUGAAGCCUAUUGGAGGUGCCAGCUGAAGAGCAGCUUGAGCCCUCUGCCUCUAAAGACAGCUCUCUCACUGGGAGAGGGUCACACAGCCUUUACAGUUUACUGAACACAACCGUCCACUUGCAAACUUGACAAAAGCCUGUAUGCCACUCUCCCUUUUUAUUUGUUUCCCAAGCUAGACAGUCAGUAGCUAUUUAUCCCAGUGAUUCGUUUCCUGCAGCCGUGUGGCCUUAAGGGUGAUUCCUGUUGUAAAGCCAAUAAUGUCAUGUUAAUUUUUGCCUUAAAUGUUCAUGUGCCCCCCCACUGUUCUGGUGGUUUAAAGGCCCUCCGCCCCUGUUUUUGGGUAAAAGGACCUGCCUAGUACUGGAGAAUGUACAUUGGCUAAGUCAUCUGCUGCUCUAGACCACAAUGUUGAUUACAUUGACUACAGACACAAAUUGGUAGUGCAUCCUCAUGACAGCCUUCUGCCGUGCAACACUAAAUACUAAUAAUUCAUGUUUAUAAAAUGUUUAUCAUAAUUUGAGCUUGCGCAGCCUUGAUGUUGCUUGCAAAAUUGACUGGUCAGUUUGAGUAGGCACGAGAUGGAGUGCAUAUCAGGUGGGAUUCAUUUCAAAUGGGGAAAUGACUUCUCUGGAUCAGCUGCUUCAGCCCUGCAGGUUAUCAUAAGCUACCCUCCAAUUCUGCCUUUUCCUCUUAAAAAUGCAGAUACUGUAUUCGCAGGGUGGAUAAUAUUUGGCUAUCAGUGAUGAUUAUUUUCUUGUUCAAUGAAGUUGCUUAGCUGUCUCUUGAGCAGAUUACUUGAGUAUGUAUGUUUGCGGUGAUCUGCAGUUUGGCUCUAGUUUGCCUUGCUCUUGGGACGUUAGUACCAACGUCUGUCUGACUGGAAGAUUGGUUUACCAAAGCUAAUUUGUUGGCCAGAGUUGCUUCAUUGUUCCCUGUGAAAGUGUCAGGUGGCCCCUCCCUUUUUCCCCUUGCGGUUUAGUUUUCUUUUCCUGGACUGUACAUCCAGGCCAGUGCCUGUUUAUCACAGGUAUGCUGUAGGACAGGGACCAGUCCUGCAAAGACUUGCAGCUGUGUAACCCUCUUUACCCCCUCCCUUUAUACUCUCAUUCUCCAUUAUACUAGAUCAUUGUUUCUGUUAACAAUUCAUUUUUUGUUUUUGCUUGUGUGCUUCUUUGUGACGCCUGGAGAUUAUUCUGAUCGUGAUAGUUCUGGACAAGCUGUUUACCUGUGUCAACAUUAAAGUGUUCAGACUGGAAA